UGUUGCACACCUCAUAGCGCAAAAAUGGAAAAGUGAGCCAGGCCAUUGGUCCAUCUCCCUCAAUACUGUCAACACUGAUUGCGGGAGCUCUCCAGGGUUUCAGGCAGGGGCCUCUCCCAGCAGUACCUGAGAUGCCAUGACUUGAACCUGGUACCACCCCCCCCCCCGGUAAAUAAGACUCCCCACUUCCUUCUCAGCCGGAAUUCUGGCUUCCCUCCCUUAUCCCUUCCGAGAAUCCAGUUGCAGAUUUUGUCUCCUGAUGGGGCUCCUGUGCCAUUUAACAGGCGUAGGGAUACGACUUUUCUCCGGCCUAGAGAGACAGCGAUGCAGCAGCAGUGCAGGGCUGGCUCCCACUCCGCAGAGGGAGCAGGAGGUGCGCCGGACGCAACAAGGAGGGCUUUUCGCAUUGUGACCAGCAUCGCUCAGGACCUUUCAGUCCACAUUCUGACAUUGUUGCCCCGCUGAUGCCCCGCCCGAAGCAAAAGCUUCUCUCUGCUCAAGCGACCCCCCUUCCAUCCUCCCCUCCCCCCUUGCCAUGAAGAAAACCCUACGCAAAAACCAAGGCGAGCGUUACCGCCUGAAAUUCCGGCGCUUGCGCCGUGCGGCCAAAGUGCUGGUUUACGAGAAUGCAGCUCUGUGCGAUGAGAUUGCCAGGCUCGAGGCGAAAUACCUGCGUGUCCGUGAAGAGCGCCGGUUCCUGCUCGCUCGCCUGUUGCAAGCGCAAGCCCUGGCGGAAGACGAGCCUCCUCUGCCGGCCGUCGCUUCUGCUUCGCAGCCCUCGCCGGAUGAGCCGGCUGCCCGCAAGCCCCGCCGAGAGCGCAAAGGCAAAGAGAAUGGCCGGGCCUCCAAGCGCAGGGCGGCCCCCGAUCUCAGCGUCCGCCGGCUGGUUCCGCCGCUUCCCUUGGAUCCUUCCGGGCGGCCGGUUUUACCCAUUGCGUUGGGUCCACUGACCGUCUACAGCUUGGGGGAAAUUGUUCCCGACCGCCCAGGCUUCCACACGGAGAUGGCCAUCUAUCCCGUCGGUUACUGCAGCACCAGGAUCUUCGCCAGCACCCGCAGACCAGUCCACCGCUGCCUCUACACCUGCCAGAUCAAGGAUGGCGGUGGCGGGCCACACUUUGAGAUUGCCCCUGAGGACGAGCCGGGCUGCGUGGUCGCUGGCUCCACUCCAGAUGCCUGCCACGCUCAGCUUCUUGAGGCUGUGGGAGCAGCGCAGCUUGAGCCAGCAGGGGCCGAGUUCUUUGGCCUCUCCCACCCGGCCAUUCAGCACCUCAUCCAGAGCUGCCCAGGAGCUCGCAAGUGCACCGGGUACCGCUGGCUGCGCUUUGAGGUGUGCCGCCAAGCGGAUGGCCCCCCUCCUGAGGGGUUGCCCUCAGGAAACCCUGGGACUGACUAUGAGGCUUUCCAAAGCCAAGGCCUGGCUGGACCUGUGGGCCUGGACUUCCCCACCGCCACCCCUUCCCCACCAAGUGGCAACGGAUAUGCAGAACUUUUUCUGCCCUGCGCUCCCUCAGGAGGGUCCCCCAUCCCCCAAAGCCCAGAGAGUGACACUGACUGAAUUGGGCCGAAGGCCACAGGCCGGAGCCGUCCAUUAUUCCACCUGAGUUUUCUAGUAGCUGCAACUGCAUAGAUGUCAUAAACUGCUAGUUCUGCUUUGAAGCUGGAGCUGUCUCUUUUAUUCUUCAUGGGCAUCAGUUUGCAUGGAGACACCCUAACAGGGGUAGCCAAUGUGGUGCCCUGCAGAUGCGGUUGGACUACAGCUCCCAUCACCCUGAGCUAGUAUGGCCAAUGAUCAGGCAUGAUAGGAAUUGCAGUCUUAACAGCACCUGGAGGGCAAUGUGUUGGCUGUCUCUCCCCUGGAGUAGCCAUGUAUUUACAUUCACACACACUAUUGAAAUAAGUACUUCAAAUGAUUGCUUGUCAAUUUUCUUCUUUCGGUGUUUCUGCUUUAAUGAAAAUCACUGUCACUAAUGGUUGGGGGUUUCCUUGGGUCAAGCCGGAGCAGAAUUAGGCCAAUAUUGGCGGAAUCAUGUGGGCUUGCUUAACUCUUUACAAAGAGACAUUUGCAUUGGAGGAGGAGCUGAUGGCGACUGAACAAAGCAUUGUGACAGGUUCUUCUACUUUCUUGGGCCUGUAUGAUAAGAGGCUUGUAUACAGGACUCAUCAGUGAAAUCUGUUUGUAAUAAAGCUUUUGAAAUUUUG